CGGAGGGAAGAGGGAAGUGCAGCAGGGGAAAGUUAUUUGCCUUUAAAUCGAACACUUCUUUUUUUCUGACCAGAGCCGCAGAGAGACGAAGACGGAGAAGGAGAGGGAGGCAUAUUUUAGAGGGACUACAUCUUUUUAUAUGCACUCCUGGGCACCUGGACGCUGAGCAGCAGACAGACAGACGUUGAUUCAUCAGAGAGACCCAGAGCGUGACAGCAAAAUACAAUCAAACACUUCAGAGGACAUGAAGACUGGAAAGAAAUCCUUCAUAGCUUUCAUCAAGGAGAGAAAAAUGGGGCUGAAUGACUUCAUCCAGAAGCUGGUGUCAACCCCACACAUCUGCCAACAUGUCGAAGUGAACAACUUCCUGAAGAUUGAUGAGAAUCAGAACGAGGAGGUUGAUAAUGAACUUCCUGAAACUCCGAUGUGCCUAAAUUCCCGAAGCUCGCUGGCUGAAGAAACACAGAUCAAACCAUGCGACUUUGACUACCUCAAGAUCAUCGGCAAAGGCAGUUUUGGAAAGGUUCUGCUGGCUCGACACAAGGAGUCCACCAAUUACUACGCUGUCAAAGUGCUACAGAAGAAAAUCAUCAUGAAGAAGAAAGAGCAAAAGCAUAUCAUGGCAGAGCGCAGUGUGCUGAUGAAGAACAUCAAACAUCCCUUCCUGGUGGGGCUGCACUACUCCUUCCAGACCACUGACAAACUCUACUUUGUACUUGAUUACGUCAAUGGCGGAGAGCUGUUCUACCACCUCCAGAGAGAGAGGAUUUUCCUGGAGCCCAGAGCCAGGUUCUAUGCUGCGGAAAUUGCCAGUGCACUCGGCUACCUCCACUCCCUGCACAUCGUGUACAGGGACCUGAAGCCAGAGAACAUCCUGUUGGACUCAACGGGCCACAUCGUCCUCACAGACUUUGGACUCUGCAAAGAGGGCGUUGAGGCGAAUGGCACGACAACAACCUUCUGCGGGACGCCUGAGUAUUUGGCGCCUGAGGUUCUCCAGAAGCAGGCGUACGACCGCACCGUGGACUGGUGGUGCCUUGGAUCUGUGCUCUACGAGAUGCUUUAUGGACUUCCUCCGUUCUACAGUCGCAACACAGCCGAGAUGUACAACAACAUCCUGCACAAGGCUCCAGUCCUCAAGCCCAACGUGUCCAACUCAGGCAGGGAGAUGCUCGAGGGGCUCCUGCAGAAGGACCGCACCAACAGGCUGGGAUCGAAGGAUGACUUUCUUGAGCUCAAGUACCAUUCAUUCUUCUCUCCAAUCAAUUGGGAGGACCUGAUGGCCAAAAAGAUCACGCCUCCAUUCAUUCCCUCAGUGAGCGGCCCCACAGAUCUGCGACACUUCGACCCCGAGUUCACCCACAUGCCCGUCACCUCGUCUCUGUGCAACGACAGCCUGACCGUGACGAGCAGCGUCAAGGAGGCAGCCGGAGCGUUUCCAGGCUUCUCGUACGGGCCUCCGGCAGAUCACUCCUUUAUGUGAACAUGAAGGCAAAAAAAUCUGUCCUGGGAACUCGCACAAACAAACAAAAAAGAACGGGAUGAAAACUCUGGAUUGAGUCUUAUUCUUGACUGAGGGACUGCACCAGAGGAUCCUGCUGGAGGGUCGUUACACAGCCUGGAAAGAGGAUCUGACUCACAAACUGGACGUGAGCACUUUGGGGGGUGAUGCUUGAGAGAUCUUGUGCAUGAAAAAUGUGCAGAUGGGGGGGCCUCUUAUAUUACGACAACACCAGCCCCGAUCUUCUGCCUCAUCCACUCAGAACAAUUAAUAAAAGCGUGCCAAGUGUCGAUGCACUCUGGGAUCAUACACAUCCCUCUCCGUUAGCUCUGGAACGCACAGCUCAAGGUGAAGAGAAGUGCCUGAGGUUCGAAAGGCAGUUUGGACGGCGACAGCACUUUUUUUUUUUUUUUCUAAUCACAACUUCAUUUGACCUGCUUGGACUGUUGACCAGAGCGCUAGCCGUUAAGGUUGAUGCCUUCGACACACGUCUGCAUAUGUUGUUUUGUUUUUAAAUUCAUGACGCGUUGUUGUUUUCGUGUGAAUGCUGAAUUGCACUUGAGGAAACAAGGGUUGAGAGAAGUGAGACAUUCUGCUUUGGAUCAGAGAGCUGCAUAUCGUUCCUCGUUUUAUCGUCAUAUCUCGGUUUAGGACAAAGAAAUAAUGGCGUUUAGUUAUUGCUCACUAAUUAGUGGCUCUUGGACCAAACAGGUAACAAUGGAUGCUUCAACAGAAAUACUUUUUUCAACUCGUUUGUCCUCUUAAACUUAAGAUCAAAGUUCGACUGUACUGUGUAGAAGAGUUACAUAUUUUACAGCAAAUCUCAAAGGUUUUCAAUGUUUUCAUCGACUCUCUCUCUGCUCUACAUCUUAUACAUGUUUCAUAUAUGAAUAUAAUAGAUUUAAUUUAAAUGAUACGUCCUGUAAGGCAAUACAUUCUUGUUUUGGUUAUUCCAUUCCUUUCUCACUUACAACCAGUGACUGUGUUUAUCUAUUGUUUAAUGGACAGCUUUUCCUUUUGAUCAGGAGCGCUAUCAACCAGCAAUAAUAGGCCCACAUCAGUGAUAGCAAAUACUCUAUAUCAAGUUGUUUCUCGAGUUUAAGUGGUUGCUGUUUUCUUGCAAACACUCCAGAUAUAAAAUAAUAAGAUUACAAAUGUUUUCUUUUUCUAUUUAUGCAUCAUGUAGAGAAGAACUGUGAAUGUCUUGUGCCUGUCCAAGGCGGCCUGAUCCACAUAUACUCGAUGUACAUAUCUCUUUACCACAAACCUUUUUGUUCCCUUUGAUAGAAAAGAAUCUGCGUUAAAAAAACAAAAAACAGUGCUUCAUUAACCUGAAGGGGAACCGCUAGAUGGAGUAGACACAGUGUUAAGCCACUGGUCUACUGCACAACGUGGUUCUGGAAAGUGCAAUAAACUGUAAACUCUGAAGGACUUAUAAUCAUGUGUACUUUGUGAUUUUGAUUCUGAUAUUCAUUAUUUAUUAAGGAGAAUCUUCACUUAAAGGAGUUGGUUGGUUAAUAACCCCGUUCAGUCUUAACAUUCAAUGCAUACGAAGGAUGCAAUUUCAAGCCUGCUGAAAACUUAAAAAGGCAACACACAGUUCUCUAUAAUUUUCUUCCAUAUUUGGAAGCAUGAGUUUUUGUUUUGUUUUGUAUUUUUUAUGCAUAUUUAUUUUCAUGCCACUGCUACUGUAAAAAGAAAAUAAUUUACAUGAUCAAGUGAAAUACUGAACUGUAAUCUGUGUCAGAAAUGACAAAUAAAAUCUCUAAAUGAAAGGAAA